UUAAUUACGGUCAUAGUUAACUCUCAAGUUAGAAUUUCAAUUCAAUAAAAAAAAUUUCAAUUCUUAUUUCAAAAAAAAAAAAAAUUUCAAUUCAAUAAAAAUAAUUUAAGUUCAUAAAAAAUAAUAGGAUACCAUAAAUACAGGUCGAUUUUAUAAGGAAAAAUAAAAGAGCCGGAUGAACGUAGAGCCCUACCUCCUCUUCCUCUCUCUUUCAGUUGGUUCUCCAUUGAAGCGCACUUGACGAUCUCCAUUGAGGCGCCCUCUAAUAUCUGUAUCCUCCAUUGAAAUAGCUUCUGAGGACUCGUUACCCAUUUGUCCAUUUAUUAGGUGAUGGACUCAGGAGGUAAUUCGCUUCCGUCUGGACCAGACGGAGUGAAACGUAAAGUUUCGUAUUUCUAUGACCCGGAAGUUGGGAAUUAUUACUACGGGCAAGGUCACCCUAUGAAGCCGCAUAGAAUUCGUAUGACACAUGCUCUUUUAGCUCAUUAUGGUCUGCUUCAACAUAUGCAAGUGCUCAAGCCUGUACCUGCAAGAGAUAGAGAUCUUUGUAGAUUCCACGCCGAUGAUUAUGUGACCUUCCUUAGGUGCAUUACCCCUGAAACGCAACAGGAUCAAUUGAGGCAGUUGAAGAGAUUUAAUGUUGGUGAAGAUUGUCCUGUAUUUGAUGGUCUGUACUCGUUUUGUCAGACUUAUGCUGGCGGUUCAGUUGGUGGUGCGGUCAAAUUGAACCAUGGGCUUUGUGACAUUGCGAUUAAUUGGGCAGGUGGCUUGCACCAUGCGAAAAAGUGCGAGGCUUCUGGGUUCUGUUAUGUGAAUGAUAUUGUUUUGGCAAUUUUGGAACUUCUCAAAGUGCAUGAGCGUGUAUUGUAUGUGGACAUUGAUAUUCACCACGGAGAUGGUGUAGAAGAAGCUUUUUAUACUACAGAUAGGGUCAUGACAGUGUCUUUUCACAAAUUUGGAGAUUAUUUUCCUGGGACAGGAGAUAUUCGUGAUAUUGGAUAUGGAAAGGGGAAGUAUUAUUCUCUCAAUGUGCCCUUAGAUGAUGGUAUUGAUGAUGAGAGCUACCAAUCAUUGUUUAGGCCCAUUAUGGGAAAAGUAAUGGAGGUUUUUAAACCUGGGGCUGUUGUCCUGCAAUGUGGUGCUGAUUCUUUGUCCGGUGACAGAUUGGGCUGUUUUAACCUCUCCAUCAGAGGCCAUGCAGAGUGCGUCAAAUACAUGAGAUCCUUCAAUGUCCCGCUACUGCUGGUGGGUGGAGGUGGCUAUACUAUAAGAAAUGUAGCUCGUUGUUGGUGUUAUGAGACUGGUGUUGCCCUUGGGAUUGAACUUGAUGAUAAGAUGCCACAACACGAGUACUUUGAGUAUUUUGGUCCAGACUAUACUCUCCAUGUUGCUCCAAGUAAUAUGGAAAACAAGAACUCACGCCCUAUGUUGGAUGAAAUUAGAGCCAAGCUUCUUGAAUACCUCUCAACCCUACAGCAUGCACCAAGCGUUCCAUUCCAGGAGUGUCCUCCUGAUACUGAGCUCCAUGAGGAAGAUGAAGAUCAACAAGAUCCAGAUCGAAGAUGGGAUCCAGAUUCUGAUAUGGAGGUUGAUGAUGACCGCCCCUUAUCAAUACGAAGCAGAGUGAAAAGAGAGAUUAUGGAGCCUGAUCAUAAAGAUUCGGAGGAUGUCAAAGAGCCUGUGGAUCAUGCAAGAGACAUGGCCGUCUCUUAUAAUACAGGAAAUACAUCUUUGAAGGCUCCAAAUUUGGGCUCAGAUCAACCAGAAGCCUGUGUUAAAAUGGACCAGGACAGCUCAAAUAAGCCCUCUGAUCAGCCAACUGAUAUGAAUUUAUGAGGAAGUCUGACACAUUGUUACCAACUGCCACCGCGGUGUAGAUUAUUCAGAUUUGUUAUUUCUCUUUUAUUUAUUUUGUAAAUCGUUGGGGCAUUGAGCAUACUGCAAGUGUAGUAUAUUAGUGAGUGCAAAGAUUUUUGUAGUGAAUGAACAUGGUUGAGGAAAACCUCUUUUAGCAAAUGUAACUAGGUCUUUUGACACUUUGUGCCACACCUGUAGGCACAAAUUGUAUUAGAUGUCGAAAAUCUUAUGAAUGAUAGUUGCAUUGCUUUUGGGCAGUUUUUAGUUAUAAUUUAAGCUUAAUGCAAUUAUGCAACCAAGCUAAUUUCAACUUCAA